CUCUCCCACUCUUUGCUCGCUCAUUCUCUGGGCUUUGUGUACCGUGUGUCAGAGGGGGAGAGCGCUGCGUGCACGAUCACAGACAGGAGUGGGUGGCAGGCGGAGGGCAAGCGCGACUCGCGAGUGGGGAGAAACCGUACUUUGUGUCACUGUCACGGUCUUGGGCCAGGAAAGAGACCCUCGUAGUCGGCUGGAGAGAGGAGCAGUUGGGGAGAAAAACGGAAACUCACUCGCACGUGCACGUACACACGCAGACAGAUCGGCCGUGUGGUCCCAACAGAAGAGCAGAAUGGAGGAAAGCCCACAGCCUACUGGUCCGGCAUGCAACUCUAACCCACUGCUGAGCAACCACUGUGCCGAUGACAGCAUCUCGGCGGCAAGUGCUUCAGAUGUACAGGACCGGCUAUCAUCGCUGGAGCUGCGCGUGCAACAGCAGGAGGACGAGAUCACCGUGAUGAAGGCGGCCUUAGCUGAUGUGUUGCGCCGGCUGGCGCUUUCCGAGGACUCGGCUACCACCAAGAAGCAGUCUACCAGCAAAGCAGGACAGAACCCCCUGCGCGAGGCCUUCUCCAUGUCCUGCAUAACCAACGGCAGCUCCAGUGGACGUAAGCCCAGCCACAGAGAUGGCUCCUCGGUGUCCAUCGCCAGGAAGGAGACGCUUUCCUCCGCAGCCAAGAGCGGCCCCGAGAAAAAGAGGGACAAGCCCCAGAUGGAGGGUAUCAAGGAGAAGGAUGAGCCACUGGCUAAUGAUAAAACUCCUGCCAGCUCCCAUGCACCAUCCCCCUCCAGCAACCCCCCCUCCCCACAUCCCCCCCAGACUCAAAGGCUCCCCCAGGAAAGCAAGAGCUCCUCUCCGGUCAAAAGGGGUCACAGUACAAAGAGGGGGUCUGGCAUUGAGCGAUCACAGAGCACCACGUGGGAUAGUAGCGAGGACAGCCGGAACAAGCUGGUGAAGGCAGCCUCCACCUCCAAGCUGCUGGCCAAGGUGGCUAAGAAUGCUGAGAAGCACAAAGACCCAGUCAUCAGCCAGGCCAAAAUGUCAACACGAGAGAAAAACAACCAAGAGGGGGACUACAUUAAGAUGUUCAUGCGAGGGCGUCCCAUCACCAUGUUCAUCCCGUCAGAUGUAGAGAACUAUGAGGACGUGCGAACCGAGCUGCCUCCGGAGAGGCUUAAGCUGGAGUGGGUCUAUGGGUACCGAGGUCGUGACUGCAGGGCCAACGUGUACCUUUUACCCACGGGAGAGAUUGUCUACUUCAUCGCUUCUGUGGUCGUGCUCUUCAACUAUGAGGAGCGCACACAGCGGCACUACCUGGGCCACACUGAUUGCGUCAAAUGUCUUGCAGUUCAUCCUGAUAAGAUUCGCAUCGCCACAGGGCAGCUUGCUGGUGUGGACAAGGAUGGCCGGCCUCUGCAGCCGCACGUCAGGAUAUGGGAUUCGGUGUCACUGUCCACCCUGCAGGUCAUCGGCCUGGGCACCUUUGAGAGAGGGGUCGGCUCGCUGUCCUUCUCCAAAGCUGACUCUGGAACACACUUGGGUGUGAUUGAUGACUCGAAUGAGCACAUGCUGACUGUCUGGGACUGGCAGAAAAAGUCAAAGAUUGCUGAGAUAAAGACCACUAAUGAGGUGGUCCUGGCAGUGGAGUUUCAUCCCACUGACGCCAACACCAUUGUCACCUGCGGCAAGUCCCACAUCUUCUUCUGGACCUGGAGCGGCUCCUCACUAGCACGCAAGCAAGGCAUCUUUGGGAAAUAUGAAAAGCCAAAAUUUGUUCAGUGCCUGGCGUUCCUCAGCAACGGUGACAUCCUAACGGGUGACUCGGGUGGAAUCAUGCUGGUGUGGACCCGCAGCACUGUGGAACCUGCCCCAGGCAAGGGGCCCAAAGGUGUGUACCAGAUCACUCGUCAGAUCAAAGGCCACGAUGGCAGUGUCUUCACCCUAUGUCAGAUGCGGAAUGGCACACUGCUGACUGGCGGGGCAAAGGACCACAAGAUCAUUCUUUGGGACCACGAUUUGAACCCAGAGAGGGAGAUAGAGGUCCCUGACCAAUAUGGAUCCAUUCGAGCAGUGGCUGAGGGCAAAGGGGAGCAGUUCUUGGUGGGUACAUCACGCAACUUCAUCCUAAGGGGGACAUUUAACGAUGGAUUCCAGGUGGAAGUACAGGGGCACACAGAUGAGCUGUGGGGCUUAGCCACACACCCCUUCAAGGACCUCUUUCUCACCUGUGCUCAAGACAGACAGGUGUGCCUCUGGAACUCAGUGGACCACUCCUUGGAAUGGACCAGGCUUCUGGAUGAGCAUGGACACUGUGCAGACUUCCACCCUAGUGGUGCAGUUGUGGCCAUCGGGACCCACUCAGGAAAGUGGUACGUUCUCGAUGCUGAGUCGAGGGACCUGAUCGCCAUCCACACAGAUGGGAAUGAGCAGCUGUCUGUCAUGCGCUACUCUGUAGAUGGCUCCCUGCUGGCAGUGGGAUCACAUGAUAACUUCAUUUACCUCUAUACUGUGUCAGAAAAAGGCAGGAAGUACAGCAGAUAUGGCAAGUGCACUGGACAUUCCAGCUACAUUACACAUCUUGACUGGUCCCCCGACAAUAAGUUCAUCAUGUCCAACUCAGGCGACUAUGAAAUCCUUUACUGGGACAUUCCAAACGGCUGUAAGCUGAUCCGGAACCGCUCCGAGUGCAAGGACAUCGACUGGGCCACGUACACGUGUGUGCUGGGAUUCCAUGUCUUCGGGGUUUGGCCUGAGGGGUCAGACGGUACAGACAUCAAUGCCCUGAUCCGCUCUCACAACCGGAAGGUCAUAGCGCUGGCUGACGACUUCUGCAAAGUGCAUCUUUUCCAGUACCCCUGUUCCCGGCCCAAGGCCCCAAGCCACAAAUACAGUGCCCACAGCAGUCACGUGACCAACGUGAGCUUCUUGCACAGCGACAGCCACCUGUUAUCCACAGGAGGGAAGGACACUAGCAUCAUGCAGUGGCGCCUUGUGGAGAAGACCCCCUCACUGGUUCCUAGUGAGAGCCUCUCCCUAGGUGAAGGGCUGCACCUCAACUCCACCCCCCGGGCCAUGGCCCCAGCACCUGUCCAGAUGCCCACACCUACUGAGCCCAUUCCACUUGCCACCGUGGCCACGGUCCCUCCUGUAGUUGCUGAGGAGGCCACUCCCAAUGGAGAACAGCAGAGUUCCCCCGACAGUCCGCCUCCCUCUGAUGCCACCCUGCCCUCAUCUGAUAGCACACUGAGCCCCAAGGACAGCUUAGAACCCAGCGAUGACACGGCUACGCCGAGUGAUGAGUAUGCACCAUCCACGCCGUCAUAAGGAUGGAAGCUUGAGCGUAGAGUUCGCUCCCUGUCCUCCUCCAAGAUCCUCCUCCAGGCUGCUGGGUGACAAUUAGCCUUCCAGGGGAGUGCACAUGUGUUGUUGUUCCUGAUAUUUUUUUUUUAUAUUUUUUUUUUCUUUCUCAUUGAAGUCAUGGUGGGGCAUCGUUUAAAAAAAAAAAAAGAAAAAAAAAAGAAAAAAAGAGUUCAUUAUUGUUUUAAAAUUUCACUAAAGAAGUGAAAGCUUUGAGGAGAGAGUAAUCCUGGUUGUUUGAGGGUGGGUGGGGGCUGCUGACAUAUAUUGAGCUGUCCAGCAAAGCAUGAGCAAAAGGCAGAUGGAAAGAUAUUAUCACUCAGACACUAACACACUUGAAAGCACACUGACGCAGACAGACACACUAACACACGAACACUAACACGCGCACACACAGAACCAAGCACGCUCAUACCUUCUCCAGGUGGAUGUCCGGGUCCACAAUGGGAAAAAUGCGAUUCCCUGCUUUAUUAGAGGAAAUGCAGCUCCUUUUAAUCUCGUAAAAGUUUUGAGGUGCAUUUCUGUUGAUGUUUUUGGGAAGACAAGUAGCUGCAACACAAACUCUGCUUUCAAAGGAGUCGACAUACACACACACUCCCAUGUCCACAAUCUUAUGACGAUGGAAUCCGUGUAAACGCCACUGUUUACCGUAAAAGAUACAAGAUGCAGCAGGGUAUCAAGCAUCAAUAGACCUGCCUUUCGGUAGCCGUGGCUGGAGCAGUGUGGCUCAAUGCUUCACAGUCAUGGUCUGGCUGAUCUUGCCUCCUGUGGACUUGUAACCCUAGGUGUGAGAUCUGUGGAUUCACUUUGACCAUUGUCUGGAUUGACAUCGUGUACAUUCUACCACUUAGAUAGCCGCUGUCUUUGUCAUUGCUCUAGUUACACUGUUUUACAAAUGUUUUCUGGGUGCAGCGUGAAUUCAGACAUGAGUUCAACCUGUAAGUGCUGAUUGUUAUUGUGAUAGUACAGUGGAACUUCUGUUAUCAAAAAUGUCUCAGCUGACAAUCUGGACUGCUCUCUCCACAUGCAAGUGUUGCCAUGGUCACUGGAUUCUCUAUUUGUCUCAGAUUCAUUCAGCGUGGUCCAGCAACACGUUAACAGACUCAGUGAGUUUCAAGAAACAGUACAAGUGGCAAUAAAUGUAAUUUCAGCAGGUUUCCUGUUAAGAAUAGGAUGUUUGCGUUACUUUUCUGGUUUAAUAUCUGCAUGAUGUUAACCCUCAAGUUUUUUUUUUUUUUUUUUAAUAAACUAGAGACAAUAAUGUUCAAAAUGGCUUUUUAAACAAGACCCUUGGCAGUUGCCAGAGGGCAAGUGUGCAAGAGCACAGAACUUCUUUAUUGGAUGUAAGAGGGAGAGAUUGAAUCCUCUCUGUUUGCAUUUGCUUUGGAGUUACUCAUGUCUCCAGAAAUCAAGACUUGUGUUGUUUUUGGUAAUGUUUAGCAUUUUUUAGACUCAAUUAGAGAUGCUCUUUUCUUUGGACUGGACUGUUUUAAAGGUGAUCGAGUUCUGUUUUCUCUGUCUGGACUGAUUUGUUUUUAAGUCUUAAAGUAUGUGAGCUGCUGCUUGCAUGACUUGUUUCAUUCCAGAAAGGCAUCUGCGCUGUCAUUCCCUACUGAACAAACUCAGGAUGGAUCCGCCAGGGAUACAACCAACGCAGCUAACAUGGACAGAGGGACAACUGUUUUGUCCAGCCCACCAUCCCCAGCUCCGCCCCUAAGUACAACCCCUCAAACCUGCAGAAAUGCCCUGGCAUCUAAUGCAAUUUGCGUAGCGAUUUGGAAAGGGUUUUUUAUUUUUUGGGCUACAGCUGGAAGUAAUGUCCUUACUCUGGUUGGUGUUUAUCCACUCUCUUUUAUAGUUUCAGUGCUUCAUUUUUAACCUAUAACUGAAGCACCAGCCGCUUUGGUCCAGGCCUUAUAAAGACGACAUGUGAUUAACCAAGAGAAAAUCUGGAAAAUUAAUGGAUUUAAAAAAAAAAAAAAGAGGAAGACUGAGGCAGUUUUGUUCACUCCCAUUUUAUCUCAUGGGUUGCUUUGACAUGAUGUGUACAUUGUACAAAGGCAUGAGAUUUACAGUAAGAAUUUCUUUUUUUUCUUUUUUUUUUUUUUUUUCUUUUUUUGCAUGGACAGUUAGAUGGAGGGGUGUUGUAGGUUGGGUACAUGCAUGGGGUUAGUGUUGUGAGUAAUUUGACAUGGCUAUCUCAACAGUGCUCCGGCAAGUUUUGAGGAAGAUUGAUAACGUGAUGAAUUAACUGCAUAUGAUGCGUUCAGUGAAGUGACAUUUUCAGCAUAGCACUUUGGGGAUGUCAGUGCUGUAGAUUCACUCUUGUCACCUUCAAAAUGCCAGCUUCCAGCUGGUGGGCAAAGAACCUUUUUAUUUUCUUUGUACAACACACAUUUCAAAUUGUUUCAGCCAAAAUAAUUUUUUAUAUAUCUGUUUUUGUUCCAAGGGGAAUGUUUUCACUAGUUUCCAGUAGUUUUGUUGGGUAGGUUUAUAGACCAAGAAUGUUGUUCUUUACAAAAAAAAAAAAAA